AUGGAUAGCGAUGAGUAUAAAAAUGAAGUUGAAGCAAAUGUAAAGGCAGAAAAACUUUUACAGUUGCAAAACCAAACCGUACAGUAUGAAAACUUAGCACAAGAAAGUAAAAAUAACGACGCAGCCAUGCAAAAGGCAAUGAAAAGCGCAGAAUAUAUAAAAGCUAACAAUGACUGGUUAGAUGCCCAAGCCAACGCUAAAGCAGCCCAACUUAUAGGGUCAAUAAGGACAAAAAUACAAGCGGAUGAAGACAGUUCAAAUGAAGCUUUAACGAAUGCUGACUUUAAGAACGCCUUCGAAGCUCUUCAUAGUAAGGUGAAACUAGUGAACGACUUCUCAUCUGGAAAGAAACUGAAGUCUGAAGGUUUCGACAACGAGUUAAGAGAAGUAGCACAAAAUAUGACGAAAAUAACAGAUGCAGCAACGAGACAGGCAGUUCAAAGUGCCUAUGACGCCGUUAGAGCAACUGUUGUGGAAAGUCAAGAAAAAGAGUUACAACAGACCAAAACAGACCUAGUAAAUGCUUUCUUAAGAACGAAAAGUCAGGUAGGACAUUAUGCUGCAGAUGGAACAUAUGUGCCAGCUGGUGGAACUUAUAUACCAGCUGGUGGAACUUAUAUACUAGCUAGUGGAACUUAUAUACCACCAAACCCUCCAAGAGAAGCACCUGCACCAGGACUACCUAAAACAUUUACAUCGUCACAUGGACACAGACACAAGCAUGCACCAAAACCAACACAACAACCAACAGUUCAAAAUCCAGCACAGCAACCAACAGUUCACAACCCUGCACAGCAACCAGCAGUUCAAAAUUCAGCACCUGCACCACAACCAAAACCAGCACAACAACCAACACAACAACCACCUCCACAACCAGCACAACAACCAACAGUUCAAAACCCAGCACAACAACCAGCACAAACAGAGCAAGGACAUAAAAGAAGUAGAGAACAAGGAAACCAAGAAUUCUUAAAAAUGCUUAAGGAAGGUUAUGGUUACCCAGAUACUCUUGACUUUAGUGACAGAUAUAAAGAAGCUAUUAAAAAGUUCAAGGGAGGAAAUACUGACCCGAACCUAUUUAGCUUUAUGGCUCAGCACCAAAUCGGAUAUAAUCUCAAACCUGGAAAAUACAAGCUCGCUAAGGGAUAUGAUUUAAUAGCAUAUCAGCCAAAUGACAUGGAUGAAUUUACUCCGAGAUAUUUUAUGUCAGAGAUAAAUGAUAAUUCAACUAUCUUCAUGAAACGCGUAAAAAAUAGAGACGGAACGAAAGAAAAAAGGGUUAUGAAUGCGGAUGACUUAAAUAGGGAACUUGUUAAAAACGGUCUCGGAAUAUAUGAAAUGCCACCAGAUGAGGUGCAAGAAACUCAACAGGAAGAAGUUCAGAUACAACCAGACAUGGAAGAAAUAGUUCAGCAACAACAGCUAGAAGAGCCUGAAGGAAACAAACAAGUCCCUCCUUUGGAAACUAACUUCACAGAACUAGAUGAAGAUUUGGAACAGCCGAAAAAUCUUGACCCUCAACAAGUGUAUGCGGAGAAUAUGGAAUCUUUCCAAGAGUCUAAGAAAAAUUCGGCUGACAGAGUAGAAGAAUAUCGAAAAAUUUUUACCGACAUACAAAAGACUCCAACAUCAGAUGAAAAUAUUCAGCAUAGAAUGGAAGAACUGAAAGAAAAUGUACGCCAAUACAACAAUCCUUUUUACUUACGAGCAUAUAACGUUCAAUCUUUGGAUGAACUCGGUGAAAAUAAAAGGUUAAAUUUCAACAAAACAUAUAGAAAUGAAACAUUGUUUAAAGUUCAUUCAGAACCUAGCCAAUAUGGAAACAAACCUACUUUUGUUUCUGCAGACGAUGGAACUACAAUGAGAUGGGGUCAUAAAGCUAAUCCGGAUAGGUGGUUCAUAAACUUACAACCACAAUUCCAAGAAGUUGUAGACGCAAUGGAAGUGAAUGGUGAACCAGAUAUAGCUGGUAUUUUCAGCGCGGCUUUAAUGCCAUUGAAAGAUAUGAAAGAUGCAGAUAUUUUGAACCAGUAUGAAAUGAACAUGGCUGAUGGAAAUAUAACACCUGACGUUCUAGAACAUUUAUCUCAAAGAACUACACAGAACCAUAGAGAUGGUAUAUUUGGUGAAGAGUUUAGAAAGAGAGUUAGGGAGAUAGAAGGAAGAGAACCUAUUGUACAUGACCUUGCAAACGAAAGUUUGCAAAAUGUCAUAAAAACUUACUUUGCAGACAAUGAAAUGAGAAGGGAUGAAUAUUUAAGAAAACUCAAAUGGACAGUACCAAAUGAAAUGUUAGUAUUGAAAAACAUGUUCCUUGACAAAAUAAAACCAACUACAGAAAUAAAUGACGCAAGCCUGAAACGUUGGGUAAAAGCUUUCCCAUUCACAAAAGAUAUUAUUGGUUACAUGGAAAGAAAACCAGAAUGGCUACAAAAACAUAUAUUUGGAAACGAGCUUAUUCCAUAUGGACAAGCUAUAUUUGAAGAGCUUGAACCGGAAACUCAGGAAAGAGUCAUGCAAACAAUACGCGAAGACUCAAAUACAAACUAUGACAAAAUCUUUCUAGGAUAUAGGUUACCUGAGAUGGGCGACCAGAGCCCAAAGGCAAAAAGGACAUGGGAAAUUUACAACAUACUAGGUGAACAUGAGGCAAAGAUGCAACAAAACUCAGUCAGGAAGAAUGUAAAGCUUGUACCACGUGGGUUCUAUUAUGAUAUAUAA